UUAAAAUUGACUGUGAACCGGCUAGUUAGUUCGAAAGGAGAAUGUAUAUACAACAAAUCUGAUAAAAUCCACCUAGGCCUUCUCUAUCGGACCUUUUCAAAUCGGUCCAAUUUACAAUUCACAAAGACAUGAUAUUAACAUUUAAGUUUUUAAACACAACAGUAUAAAUUCUUGAUAAAAUUAAAUGAAAAACUUUACAACGGCGCAUAUUUUGUAUUAUUCUGUUAAAAAAAAGCGAAUAAAAUCGUUAACAAAAACUGAUAUCUAGGCAAUAUGUUUCAGAAAUGCCUUUUAUAUGUUUUGAAUUCAUAUUAAACAUCAAGGCAAUAUGUUUCAGAAAUGCCUUUUAUAUGUUUUGAAUUCAUAUUAAACAUCCACAAAAAAGAUAUGUAUGUAUAUACAUAACUGCCAAGAUAUGUAUAUACAUAACUGCCAAAAUAAAGUGUAUUCGAUCUACACAGACAUAUUUUUGAAUAUAUUGAAAAUUAAAUUAAUUAAACUAAAAUUGUAUAAAAAGUUUACAAAAUGAUUUGCGAACCAAACCUAAAUUUACCUCAACCAAUUGAAUUAGAAUCUCUAAAGAUGACCACGGAAACCAAAAAAGUUGGACUUGGGAAAACAAGUUUAGAUCAAACUAAUGUUAAACGAGAGGUUUUAUAUGAACAAAAAGAUUACGAUCUCCUACCAUUAUUCAAAGAUCAAUUUCAACAUUUAAAUAAUAUUUUGUCUUUGCACUCUAAUGAUUAUUUGGCCUGUCGUUGGAAUACUUUUUUGGAUAAUGUUCCACAAAAUUACAUACGCAUACGUUCAUAUGUGGACUAUAAAAAAUCGCUGGAAACUCAAGUAGUAAGACGAAAAUUAUUAAAUGGACAUUUUUAUGGUAUUGAUAAUAAACUUGCACCAAUACCACAGUUAAAAGAUCCUAGGAGUUAUGCGAAAAUAGAUAAUCACAAGAAGUAAAGCUGUAAUCUUCAAAAUGAAUAUCCAUAAAUGUAUUUUUUAAAGAAUUUCUGAUAAACAUUAGGUCCAUCUCAUAGAAAUCUUUUAAAAUUAUAGACAACAUUGUUUUUGUAGCGAAAAAACAUCGUUUAUUAUUACUAAAUAGUACCACCUAUUAAGGAAGUCUUGUAAUGUAAGUAAAGGGAUAAAACUUAAAAACAUAGGUUAAAAAGAAAAAUCUUAAAUUUUUCUAUCUUAAACAUCUAACUAAUUGCAUCCAA